AUGCUUGAUAAAAUCUAUGAAGAGGAUCCCACUACAGAAGGAGUGUUGUACUGUCCUAUCAUUGUGGGCAGUGACAAGACAACCGUCUCUGUUGCAACUGGCCACGUCAAGUACCACCCAUUUUACAUCUCUGGUGGCAACCUCUUCAACACAGUUCAUCGCGCACACCGUAACGCCGUCGUGCCUGCUGGUUUCUUAGCGAUCCCCAAAGGUGACCGAAAGUAUGAUAAUGACCCUGCCUUUCGCAAGUUCAAGCGGCAGUUGUACCAUGACUCGAUCGCAGCCAUCCUGAAGACAUUCCGUCCAGGGAUGAUCAAACCUGUGGUCUGCCACUGCCCUGAUGGCCAUUUUCGGCGUGUGAUCUAUGACCUUGCUGCCUACAUCGCCGAUUACCCCGAGCAGGUUUACCUUGCCAGAAUUGUUCAAAAUUGGUGUCCAAAAUGCACAGCUCUUCCAACAAACUUAGAUGGGUUGGCGAAUAGCUGCUCACGACGAUUCAUGGAAGGGCUCAUCAAUGAGCUCAAUUCGAAAAGAUUAUGGGAUGAGUAUGGUAUUGAUGAUGACAUUACCCCAUUUACCUUUCACUUUCCACAUGCUGACAUCCACGAAAUGCUGUCAGCAGAUCUACUUCAUCAAUUGAUCAAGGGUACGUUCAAAGACCAUUUAGUCCAAUGGGUCAGCGAUUACCUCUACCUCGAACACGGCGAAGCUCAGGCUAAUGAGAUUUUGAAUGACAUUGACCGCCGUAUUGCAGCAGCACCAUUAUUUUCAGGACUUCGCCGCUUUCCGCAUGGUCACCAGUUCAAGCAGUGGACGGGUGAUGACUCAAAGGCUCUCAUGAAGGUUUACCUUCCAGCCAUCUCGGGAUAUGUACCCCCCGAAAUGGUGCAGUGUAUCAGCGCAUUUUUGGAUGCCUGCUACAUUGCCCGUCGAGCCGACAUCACUCAAGAAUCACUCACCACGCUCCAAAUGGCCAUUGAGAGGUUUCACACGCACCGUGAAAUUUUCCGUACAUGCAGUGUUCAACCCACUGGCUUCAACCUCCCCCGACAGCACUCUCUUGUCCACCUCAUCCACCAAAUCCAGGAGUUUGGUGCUCCUGGCGGGCUAUGCUCAUCAAUCACUGAAUCCCGCCACAUUACCGCUGUCAAAUGGCCUUGGCAUCAUUCAAACUGCUACGAAGCGUUGGGGCAGAUGCUGCUUACCAAUCAACAGCUGGACAAGCUCCUUCAAGCAUGCGCGGAUUUCGUCGAGCAUCAGAUGCUUCCCCCUUCCCAUUUUCCACCUCCAAAACCUAUCAUACCCCUCAGCGACGAUGAUGAGGACACUGGCAUCAUCGACGAGUACGUGACUGGGAAUGUUGCACUGGCAAGAACCCGAAUACAAAAUUAUCCACGCCGCCUCGCUGAGUUGGCCAACCACAUCGGCUGCCCUCCACUUGUUGAACUUACCCGAUGUUUCCUCUAUGACCAACUCCACACAGAUGACGGCACCUCAUCAGCCGACAUACCCAUUCAGCAAUGCCCAUAUCCAACAGGCAGGGUCUCUGUCUUCCACUCUGCUGUUGCCACCUUCUAUGCACCAAGUGACGAGUCAGGCAUCCGGGGCAUGUGA